AUGGUUGGCAAUACCAUCGUCCGCCGCGGGGCGGCCCAGACCUGCGGCUUCGUGACGACGAUGCCCCAACGUGUCAGCCGUCGCGCGCAUUGCGACCUGCCCGAAGUACGACGAUGCUCGUGGCUCAUGACAGCACCGUCUCCAAGCCGCCGCUGCUACAGCUCCGCGUCCGGACCCUCCUCGGCGCGGCACGUCAAUCCUUGCUUGGGAGAGUCGCUUAGCCUUACCGACGGACGCACGCUCGGUUAUCAUCUUUACGGUGCCCCGGAUGGCAUUCCCGUCUUGUACAUCCACGGCGUCGCCGACAGCGGCAUCACGCUGGAGGGCAAGGAGGACCAGCUGGCCAAAGACAUGGGCAUCCGGUGGAUCGCGCCCGAUCGCCCUGGCGUGGGCAAAAGCACCCGCCAGCCCGGUCGGUCCAUCCUCAGUUACACCGACGAUAUACGCCAGCUGGCCCAGCACCUGGGCCUGAAACGGUACUACAUGUUUGGCGUCAGCGGCGGCUCGGCUUACACGCUCGCCUGCGCCAAGAUGCUGCCCCGCGAGCAGGUGCGCGGCGUGGGCGUCUGCGCGGGUGUCGCGCCGUGGCACGCCGGACGUCGCGGCCAGACGCUCAAGAUCAUGUAUCAGAUGUACAUGAUGAAGUACUGGCCGACACGGCUGCUGGGGAAAACGCGCGACGUCUACGUGCCGCUGGCGCGCGAUCCGGACCCGACGGCCAUGGCGAACCGCUUCCGCGAGGACCUGCUUCCGUACAUGGACGCGGCUCAGGCGGACGCCUACAUGGAGACGGAUCCCAUGCAGAGUGCCGUGCGCGUCUUCAGGCAGUGCUACGCCCAGGGCAUCGAGGGGCACGUCGACGACAUGCGGGUUCUGACGCGGCCGUGGGGAUUUCGCAUCGAGGACGUCGGGUAUGAGGGCGUCAAGCUGUGGUAUGGCGGCGCCGACGUCAACACGCCGCCGGGCAUGGGCUUGCACCUCGCUCGCCGAUUGCCAAAGAGCGUCUAUAAGGAGUAUCAAGGGGAGACGCAUUCGUCGCUGCUGGGCGGAGGGUGUCUGCGUGGGAAGCUGCGCGAGCUGAUUGCAGAUGCAUAA